AUGAAUCCUGAUACCCUUAGCGGGUUACAGAAACUCCUAAAAGACCAUGAGAAUGCCGAGAAAGAUAUCCUUGACGUGAAAAAGCACCAUGAUCUGCUAAAGGGGAAUUUUGCGAUGUUUGUGCAAGUUGGAAUCAACGAUCGAAUCAUCGCUCAGGCUGAUGAGGUCUCGGAAGCAAGGGAGAAGAUUGCUGAAAAAGAGACUGAGCUAGGAGAGGUGGUCAAGAAGAUCAAGGCGGCUGUAAAGUCAGGGGAAGAAAAGGCUGUGAAGGAGGGCCGAAAGAAAGCUAAGACCAUUCGGCCUAUCCCUGAGGAACGUCUGAUCUAG